AUGUUCGAGAAUAACAGUGGGUGGUCCAACGACGGUUGGGGCUUCCUCCUGGCCUUCACCUCACCAAUGUGGGCGCUCACUGGCUACGACUCCGCGGCACAUAUCUCCGAGGAGGUCUCGGGUGCGGCACGAGCCGCGCCCAUCGCGAUCCUGGUGUCCGUCGCCGCCGUAGGGGGGCUCGGGUGGAUCCUCAUGAUAGCUGCGUCCUUUGCGACGGCGUCGGUCCCCGCGUUGCUUGCGACGCCGCUCGCGCUGCCGAUGGUCCUCGUGCUGACACGUUCCGGGAUGCAGUUCCUGUGCGGCGCCGCGCAGGGCGUGGACGCGUCACGCGUCGUGUUCGCGUUCGCGCGCGACAACGCGCUCCCGGGCUCGCGCUGGUGGAAGCGCGUCAGCCCGCGCACGCAGACGCCCGUCAACGCAGUGUGGCUCGUCAUGGUCCUCGCGGCGCUCUGCGGGCUCCUCGGCUUCUCCACCACCGCGUUCAACUCGCUCGCCGGCGCGUCCGUCAUCGGGCUGUACACCUCGUACGCGACCCCGAUCUUCCUGCGCGUCACUGCGGGGCGGCAGAGGCUCGCCCCGGGCCCGUUCUCGCUCGGCCGGUGGUACCUCCCGGUGGGCACCGUCGCGGUCGCGUGGGUCGUCUUCAUGGACGUGCUGCUGUGCUUCCCGCCAGGGCAGACCACGACCGCGCAAACGAUGAACUACGCGGUCGUGAUCGUCAUGGCGAUGUUCAUCUUCGCAGGGGGCUCGUGGGUGCUGUCAGCCAGGAAGUGGUUCGUGGGCCCGCUGCCGAAUGUGGAGCUCAGGAGCUCGACGGCAUCGUCGAUCGAGGAGAAGUAG